AUGAGAUUUUUGUUAUCAAUUUGUGUGAUAGCCCUUUUGGGUUCCGCUAUCGGAGACGAAAUACCAACAGAAGAUAAUGUACUUGUGCUGACCAAACCGCUCUUUGAUGAUGUUAUUUCAAAGACAGAGUACAUUUUAGUUGAAUUCUAUGCACCUUGGUGUGGACACUGCAAAUCGCUCGCUCCAGAAUACGCAAAAGCUGCUACUAAAUUGGCGGAGGAGGAUUCGCCCAUUAAGCUCGGCAAAGUUGACGCUACUCAAGAACAGGAUCUGGCUGAACAAUACAAAGUUCGCGGAUACCCAACACUCAUUUUCUUCAAGAACGGCAACCCUAUUGAAUACUCUGGUGGUCGUCAAGCUGAUGACAUUAUUGCGUGGAUAAAGAAGAAGACUGGACCACCAGCUGUGAAUGUUGCAUCAUCAGAACAAGCUAAGGAGCUGAUUGCUGCAAACAAUGUCAUCAUUUUUGGUUUCUUCCCAGACCAAACAACCCAAAAGGCUGUUGCCUUCCUUAAUACAGCUGGUUUGGUAGAUGACCAAGUAUUUGCUAUUGUAACUGAUGAGAAACUUAUUGAAGAAUUGGAAGCCAAGGCUGAAGAUGUUGUGCUAUACAAGAAAUUCGAAGACCCAAGUGUCAAGUUUGAAGGUGAAGACUUGAACGAAGACAUCUUGAAAAACUGGGUGUUUGUACAGAGCAUGCCUACCGUUGUUGAAUUCUCUCAUGAGACAGCUUCCAAGAUCUUUGGUGGACAAAUUAAGUACCACCUCCUCGUGUUCUUGUCCAAGAAAAACGGUGACUUCGAAAAGUACUUAGAUGGACUCAAGCCCGUCGCUAAGACCUAUCGUGAGAAGAUCAUGACCGUUGCCAUCGACACUGAUGAGGAUGACCAUCAAAGAAUCUUGGAGUUCUUCGGCAUGAAGAAGGAAGAAGUGCCAGCCGCUCGUCUUAUUGCCCUGGAACAAGACAUGGCCAAAUACAAACCUGCAUCCAACGAACUCACUGCUAACGCUAUUGAGGAAUUCAUCCAAUCCUUCUUCGCUGGUACCUUGAAGCAGCACCUUCUCAGCGAGGACGUGCCCGAAGACUGGUCCGCACAACCCGUGAAGGUUUUGGUCGCUAAAAACUUUGAUGAAGUUGUCUUUGACACCAACAAGAAGGUUCUUGUUGAAUUCUACGCGCCUUGGUGUGGACACUGCAAGCAAUUGGUCCCAAUUUAUGACCAGCUCGGUGAACACUUCGAGAAGGAUGAUGACGUAGUCAUCGCCAAGAUCGAUGCCACCGCCAACGAGUUGGAGCACACUAAGAUCACCUCAUUCCCAACCAUCAAACUCUACUCUAAGGACAACCAGGUCAAGGACUACAACGGUGAAAGAACGCUAGCCGGACUCACCAAGUUUGUUGAAACUGACGGAGAAGCUUCAGAGGCAGUGCCAUCUGUGUCGGAAGAAGACGAGGAAGACGCAGCGCCUCGGGACGAAUUAUAA